GAGGAGCAGGCGCAGGAGGGGCGAGGGCUGCCGGCCCGUGCCCAAAGCCACGGGCCCUUCGGCCGUGCUCCGGCGCCCACCCACCCCCCCGCGAGCCCCCUGCUCUUCGGAGGAGGGCGCGCUCGCCGCUGCUCGGCGCUCCGUGGGCCGCCGGCGCGGCGCCGCAGCGCACGAUUCUCCGCGCAGCAGCUUCUCCUCAGCUCCCCGCCCCGGCGGAGGAGAAGAAGGUUCGGGGCGGCGAGGAGGAGCGGGGGCGCCUUCUUCCCCUCUUCGCUAUGUCGGCGGCUCGGCACGUUCGGCCGCACCGCCGCGCCCGCGCGGGGGGGGAUUUCAACAGGGCCGCGGCUCGUAGGGCCGAGGGGCAUGACAGAGAAGGAGAAGGAGAGGUAUCGAGGAGGGCGAGGAGGGCGGGCCGCACGGCGGCGGGGCGGCCUCAGGCGGGCCUCCGCCUCUCCCGGUCGCGCCGAGGGCUCCGGCUCAAUCACGCCGUUGCCGCCCCGCAGCUUGGAGAGGAGCCGCUCUGCGGCGAGUUGGACGCCAGCGCCCUCUCCUGCGGCGCGCCCCGCGGCGGCGAAUUGCGGCGGGACGGGGCGCGCACCUUUAAGGUCAUUUUCAGCACGCAGGGCAGAUCCGGGACCGCCUCCGAGACUCACUCGGCCGCCGAGCACUGCUUGCACUCGGACGCCGAGAUCGCCGUGGCCUCUGUCAGUGCCCCAGCGGUUCCGCCGGGCAUCUGGCAGCCAAAAGGUUUUGCGCCCGAGGCCCCUGCGAUGCAGUUGGACACGCUGUUCACGGCUCUCGGCGUCGUUGCGCCCGCCGUCGAAGUGGCUGUGCCCGAGGAAAUGAGCAAGCACACAGCCACUCCGGAAGCUGCUGGCAGUUUGUCUGGCGGAGCGGAGGAUCGGGCCAAGCCGGCCCUUGAGCCCGUGGUCGACGGACUACCGCUGGACCGCUGUCGAAAGCUGCUUUAA